AUGCUCGACGAAAGGGAACUAGCAAUCCAUCCCAUCGUGCAAGAAAGCGUUCAGCACAAUGCUCGCGUAAGACCCCACCCCCUUCCCUUCACAAACCCAACUAACAAAAAACCCCUCAGACCGUCUCCAACAUCCGCGCCCUGACAGCCUCCCUCUUCGGCGUAGCAGCCGGAACGCUAGGCCUCGAAUCCUCGCCGGGAUUCAUUUUCUACUUCCUCGGCACGGCGCUGGUUUCUUUUUUAAUUUUCAUCUUGAAAGCGGAUCAGAAUGCGGAAAAGUAUUUCUUCAGGCCGAUGGGGGAUCUGUGGGGUGGGGAUAUGUUUGGGGGGUUGAUGAGUUUUGUGCUGACUUGGACGCUGUUUUAUGGGCUUUGCAAGGCUUAGGCUGGGAUUGGAAUGGAAUGGAGAGGAUUUUGCGCGUGGAAAGUUGGGAGUCGAGACUUGAAGGCAGGUAAGGUAGUGUCUCUGUGGGGUUUGACAUUGCUGUCUCUUGGUUGAGAGGGCGGCAUCUCCGUUCGGGAGGGGUCUAUCCCUUCAUCACUGCAUGCCAAAGGUCUCUUCGAAAGUAAACGGAUCGACGGCCUGUUGCAUGGUACCGUAUCAUGCAGUGGGAUCGAGAAAGGUGCUGGCGGAGCCAUCAGCGAUCAGCAUGGAGUCGCUGAAGAAGCUUCGAUGGUCAGUCGUGGCGAGUCGUUCUACCUUGCCGCCAGCGAGGGCAUGAAAUCUGCUCAUUAUACUUCAAGCCGUCUUGCAGGCGCGAAUUGUACAAGCUACUUAGAUACCCAAGACGAAGGCAGAGCGUUGUGUACAGGUGUAAGGCAUCUUUCAGGCAAAACCUGGGCCCGUGCUUGCUCACCACGCUGACGCGUAGAGGGCGCGCUCCCCGUGUCCCACUUUCGCCCACGCGUUUCUCAGUCUCAACUGUUUCCUCUGCACGCUACAUCUACAUACUGCCUUGCAACAACACUUGACAUCGCCCAACGAGCACCACUAUACCCUUAUCGACCCACAAAUCGACACACAGAUCUCAAGAGUUUGUGCACAACUGCCCGAUAAGUGAUGCGAAGGCUGAUUGUUCCCAGUGUUGGAAGCACGAUUGGAGCAGGCCAACCUGCUGAAGAAGGUAUGCCAAGGGCACGCGACAUUGGAACGCAAGAUGCUGAUGCUUUGCUUCAGGUAGUCGACGCCAUCAAGGAUCUCGUCCAAGACUGCAACUUCGACUGCAAUGACUCUGGCAUCGCCCUCCAAGCCAUGGACAACUCCCACGUCGCCCUCGUGUCCAUGCAACUCAAGUCCGAAUCCUUCUCGCCCUUCCGCUGCGACCGCAACAUCGCCCUCGGCAUCAACCUGACUUCUCUCACCAAAGUCCUCAAGGCAGCGCAGAAUGAGGAUAUCCUGACCAUGAAGGCGGAGGAUGCGCCCGAUGUGGUCAACUUCACAUUCGAGAGCUCCGAGAGCGACCGGAUCAGCGAGUACGAUAUCAAGUUGAUGGAUAUCGAUCAAGAGCACCUGGGAAUCCCGGACACGGAGUAUGCCGCGACCAUCACGUUGCCUAGCACUGAGUUCCAGCGCAUCACGAGAGAUCUGUCUGCCUUGUCUGAGUCAGGUGCGAUAAAGCGAGCAGAUUACGGUAUGAGGAGAUGUGAAAGCUGAUUUGGCAUGGCAGUCUCCAUCGAGUGCACCAAGGAUGGCGUAUCCUUCAAGUGCACUGGCGAUAUUGGCAACGGCUCCGUCACGCUUCGAUCUCACACCAACGUCGACAAGCCUGAUCAGAACAUCGAGAUCAACCUCUCCGAACCCGUCGCUCUAACCUUCUCGCUCAAGUACCUGAUGAACUUCUGCAAGGCUAGUGGUCUCAGCUCGUCCGUCAAGCUGUGCUUGAGCAAUGAAGUCCCCCUUCUUGUGGAGUAUGGCCUCAGCAACAACUCCUUCUUGCGAUUCUACCUCGCACCCAAGGUGAGCAUGCAGCCCUGGUCUGACUGGCGGAACGACAGCUAAUGCUCUCUCUCUCUGUAGAUCGGCGACGAAGAGUAA